GCGCGUCACGCACUCACUACGGAAGCGCAGAGAGGAAACGGCAGCGAUCGCGGCUCUGGUGCGGCUCGGUUUGGACUCUAAAGGCGGAUAAAGCCCAUUACAAUGUCUGCGUUUGACUCCAACCCGUUUGAAAAUCCGGUCGACGUUAAUCCUUUCCAGGAUCCGUCCGUCACGCAGGUGACUAACUCUGGAAUCGAUCACAUUGAAAGUUUCAGUCCGUUUCCUGAUGGCAGCUCAGUGACGGGGAGCACCAUCCCUGCCACCGCCGGCCCGUAUCAGCCCGCCGUCCUGCAGCCGUCAGUGGAGCCCAGUCCACAGGUCACAGCUGCAGCUGCGCAGGCCAGUCUGAUCAAACAGCAGGAGGAGCUGGAGAGGAAAGCAGCCGAGCUCGAGCGACGAGAACAAGAGCUGCAGAACCAAGGAGCGCCGACAGGCAAGCAGAACAACUGGCCUCCUCUUCCCAAAUUCUUUCUCAAGCCUUGCUUCUACCAGGACUUCUCUGAGGAGAUCCCGCCGGAGCAUCAGAGACUCUGUAAAAUGAUCUAUUACCUGUGGAUGUGGCAGUGUGUGACUCUGUUUCUGAACGUCCUGGCCUGUCUCGCCGAGUUCACCACGAGCACAGACGCCGGCGUGGACUUCGGUCUGUCCAUCCUGUGGUUCAUCCUGUUCGCUCCCUGCUCCUUCGUCUGCUGGUUCAGGCCGCUCUAUAAAGGCUUCAGGUCUGACAGCUCCUUCAAUUUCUUCGUCUUCUUCUUUGUUUUCUUGGCUCAGAUCGCUGUGUCUGUGAUUCAGAGCGUGGGGAUCCCGAGGUUGGGCAACAGCGGCUGGAUCACCGCCAUAUCAGCGAUCGGCAACAACAAAGCGGUGGGCGUCAUCAUGAUGGUGGUGGCGGCCUUCUUCACAGCCACCGCCGCGCUCUCCGUCGUUUUACUGAAGAUGGUCCAUUCCCACUACCGCAGCACCGGCGCUAGUUUCCAGAAGGCGCAGCAGGAGUUCUCCCAAGGAGUCCUGACGAACCGCUCCUUCCAGACGGCGGCCGCCAGCGCAGCCUCCACCGCCGCCCAGAGCUCCCUGCAGAGGAACUAGACCCAGAAACAGCGCCCGGGCCGCGGAGGCGCUACGUUCCUGUUCGUUUUUUUUUUUGGUUUGUUUUGAAGGUAUGAAGUUGAAACGUUCACCAGUGUGUUUGUAUAUUUGUAUUGUGUCCUGUGCCCCUUUUCCACCUCGGUUAUGCUGUAUAUAAAGUAAUUUAAUACUACCCCGUCAUCCAGAGUGGUACAGGAGUCUCAGUAAUAAAAUAAAAAAAAACAACCGAUCAUGAAGGAUCUGAAAACCUUCUCAAAGCAAUGAUUAUAUGUGUAUGUCUAGAUUGUGAGGCGAUUUUAAAGAUUAUAGAGUUGUAAAUAAAAGCUUGAUCGUUUGAUUUCAUGAAGAACGUUCUGCAUUCCAUAUUAGUGCCAAAAAAAUAAUGAUAUGCGCCUGGAAUUCCGUGGGGGGCGUGGCCAUAUUUGCAUAAUUAAAAUCAUGAAGGACACCGAGAAUAUUACUGUUGCUGUCUUAAUCGUAAGACUGAAGUUGGGAUGUAGAUUUCGCAUUGGGUGUGUUUUGAUAACCCUUGUCUUGUUGUACGAGCUCGUUUUAGGCGACUGAUUGCAAACAGCCAAAUCGAAAUAGUUCAAUUAAUGCUCAGAAUUAAAUUUGCACGGGCGACUUUCUUAAGGCGUAGAAAGCCCUCGCUCGGAAACAAAUGAGUAAAGUGGUUUGCCGCACGAAAUGCCACUUUGGGAUCUAGAGAUCAGAGGAUGUUUUCAACAGUGAAAAUGCUUUUGUUUUUUUGAGCAAAUAAAAUUUUUCUGAUUAACAAA